AUGAUUCCUGGAAUUAUUGAUUUGAUUUUUCUGCGCUUCGUUAUCCCCUUCGUAUUGUUCAUAGUUACCGUGGUGCGGUACAAUGGGUUUUCUUUCAUUUAUUUAUUAUUUCUGCUGGCUUGCCCGUUGCUCGCUCGUCCCAAGUGUCCCAGAUCCACAACUAAAGUCCAGGUUUAUCUUAUCUUACUCAUAACGCUAAGUUGUAUUUUCACUUUGUCUCACCCAACGCUGCACAUAGUUCUGACUGUUGCUCCACCGUAUGAAAAUGCACUUCGAACAUGUGAAGAUGCAUCAAUUGCUGCUCAGAUUGGUGUCCAAAGGCUCGAGGGGAUGCUACCCUACCGUGCAAUGCGACUUGUGCUACCAGAUAUCUUCAUAUUGUCAGUUGCAGUUGCUUCGUUGGUCUAUUUCAGUAGAAGACGCCGAGUUCCUUCGGCACUUUUGUCGUCAACCAAUGCUUUGUCGGCCGCUGAAAACAGCAUUGUUUCUCAUAAUAGUGACGAAUCGGAACAUAACUUUAAGCCUUCUGCUACGAAAGACAAACAGCUCGACCGAACUCACUUUAAUUUUACCAGGUUUUGGAAUGAAAACCAAAAAAGAUUGUGGCGUGCUUGGGCUAUGGAUUCGUUACGUAUGCUAAUAACCGUACUACUUGUGUGUUUUGCUGGAAUAACCUCACCUUCGUUGCCAUCUUGCGUUUAUCUUUUAUCAUUCCUCGCUACAUGUACAUAUUGGGCUUGUAGAAAUAGAAUCAGCUCAACACCAUUUGCUUCUUUACGGAUUUUCCUUUUGGUGUACAGCGGAUUGCAUGUUUGUUUAUACUACCUAUAUCAGUUUCCUUUCUUCCAAGCAUUCUGCAAGGAUGGAAGUUUCUUAGCACGGCUGCUUGGUUUGUACUAUAUUAUGCACACCUCAUGUAAAAAACCUGGUGAAAUUAUAUUUCCAAGUAGUUUUCGUGUUGUAGAUUGUCUGGCUCCACCUAUUACAAUGCUACUGUACUAUGUUUUAGUGUUAGAAACUCGACGCUGGUUAGAUUCACAUUCUAGCGUUUCUUCACAACCGCUAUUUCGGAACAAUAUCAGGGAUUCUACAUUCCCAAGUGAAGUACCUCCUAGCUGUCAUGAUGAGAAUGUGGAUGAUGUGUAUAUGCCAAGUACUAGAGAAUUAGUAUCUCAGGAAAACUUACCUGCAGUUAAUUCCUCAGAUUCGUUCUCUACCAAUUUGACAACCACAGUUUCUGCUCUGCCUACUGACCGUGGAAAUGAAAACAUAACAUCUAAAGAUCAAUCUUAUGUGGAAUUGCAUUCUAACCAGAACCUCAUUCAGAAGCAUAGUCCUUCAAAACAAUGUACGACCGUGGAUCAAGAAGAGAAAUCUUUACCUCGUGCUAUAAGUCAUAUUAGAGGGGAAGUGUCAACAGAUUGCACAAGCCACGUUCCAAAAUCCCUUACUAACUUUCCGCACCAGACUACUGCACUACAUCUGGAAGCAAAAAAUAAUUCUAAUGAAGGUUUUCUAUCGCCUCCUGUAGAACCUCAUUUUGAUGCUUUAUUUGGCCUUACCCCUCCUUUUGCCACAUACAUGUAUGGGUGGUCUGGAAAUAAUGUUACUACUGAACGUCCAUUUCUGCUCAGUUUGCACUAUUCAGCAAUCAAGAAUAGUUAUAUUCUCACGCUUAUUGCAAUGAUGGCUUGGGCUGUUGUUUAUCGCAGUUGGCUUUCAUUCAUUCUGCUUUUAUCUGCGUGCAUCCUAUGGAUCGUUCCCAAAUCUAGAGCUGCAUGUUUAUAUUCUAGUCCUUUGAUUGUCCUCUAUGCCAUUGUUCUAAUUUUAAUACAGUAUAUCUAUGGAUUAAAUUUAAACUCCGAUGAACUACCGCAAGCAGUGACACCCGAUGGUAUUCAACUAUCUGAAUUGGGAAUGCAGAGAUCAGAUCAUUGUGUUGGCGCUCUUGCUCUUCAGAUGGGCUUCUUAAUUUGCUUUUGGUUGACUCUGAGGUUGUUUGUAAUGGAACGUGCAGCCAAGCGAUUAUCAGCACAUCAUCAACGAGUUGUUUUAAAAAGUGAAGAUUUACAAACAAGUUCAGGCUCAACUCCACUUCCUCGUUUUCAGAAGUCUCUGCCAACUGUCUUGAAGUUUCGUAGGCGAAGUAAUAAAGAAGAAGGAAAUAAUAUCUUGCUAACUCCUUUCUUAAAUAUGGCCGACGAUUUUCAAACACAUACUGGCUAUAAUGCUGCUAUUUAUGGCCCUGCAGCGUCUUUCGGAACUGUAGACAACAAUAUUUACAGACGAUUCACUGAGUUUAUGCAUUCUUUAUGCGUAAAGUAUUGGAUUGUCGUUUGUUGUCUGAGUAUGCUGUUGGUUUCCGUUCAACAACCUGUCGUCGUGUUUCGUAUUGUUUACAUGGUUAUGCUGAUUUACUUCAUGUUGAUUUUUCAGAUAAGUUAUGCUAUUUGGCGUCGUCAAAUGUUAUGUUUUUGGUGGGUCAUUGUUGUAUAUUCUAUGGCGAUGCUGUUGUGUAUUUAUACUUUUCAAUUUAAUGAGUCACCCAGUUUCUGGCAGAAUAAACUACAUCUAUCACCUGAGAUCUUAAAGGCGUUUGGAUUAGAAACUUUUGAAAGUGCAGCUCUUUUCGAACGUUUACUAACACCAGUUGUAUUCUUAGUUGUUAUAAUUUUACAAGUGCAUUACUUUCAUAUACCAUUCCUUAAGGCAUCCGCAUUAAAUCGUUUCCAAUUGCCUCAAGUUUCCAGGGGUUCUGUGAAUUCACGUUCUGGGAUUUCUGACGAUCACAAUUCAAAUACAUCUAUUUCUCAGAGUAGUAACAUGUCCAAUUUUAUUGAAGAUGUGAAUUCAGCAUUUCAAAUAGUUGUUUCGAAAUUAUAUUGUUGGGCUGAUAGUCUCACAAAUCAUUGUUGGCGUUUCCUUGAAAUACAUUGGAUUAAAGUAGUUGGAUUAGUGAUAAUUGUCACUUGUACGAAUGAUGUUUCAGCAACGAAUAUUAUCUCUCUUAUAUUUCUCGUCGUUUGUUUCCCUUUUCCAUAUCUGCAUGGGUUCAUGACAACAUUUAUUUUUAUAUGGACUAGUGUUCAAAUACUUUGUAAGAUGACUUUUCAGUUGAGUGCUGUCAACUGGAACAUUUCAUCAUCAUCUUGUGUAAAGCUUCACAACACUACAUUAGAUCCAACUAACUGGCUCGGUUUUAAAAAGGUCGACAACUUUCGUCAAUAUAUUAUGCCAUAUGGUGCAUUACUGGUUGUCAGUGUAAUCUGGCAUGCUAUAGCAUAUAGACAACGUCAAUUUUACAACAAUGAUAAAAUUACUCGUCCAGCUGAAGGGAUUGUAUUUCCUGGUGUUACGAUCAAUUCCAUGGGUUAUGAUUUAUUGAAUGUGGUCAAAUUUGCUUUUAAUUAUGGAUUCUACAAAUUUGGUUUGGAGCUUUGUCAUUGUAUCACCGUUAUCACUACAUGCGCACGUGUCGAUGCUUUCAGUGUACUAUACUUACUGUUGAUGUUAGUGUUUUUAUUCUCUCCACGACGAGUAUGUGCACGUCUGUGGCCUUCUUAUAUGGUAAUUCUAGCUGCGCUUAUACCAAUACAAUAUGCCAGUUGUAUUGGUCUACCACCUGGACUAUGUUUGAGUUACCCUUGGUAUACAGAAUCGAUAGAAAUUAAUAAUCUUCUUCAGUGGUUGUAUCUACCUAGUGACUUUGGUACACCAUCUGCUUACAAGUUAACUGCUGACUUCUUUCAGUUCGCUGCAGUGGCUUUACAAUUUCGUGUCUUUAAAAUUGAACAACGCCCUGAUUCAGAAAGGUAUGAUGGUGGUUCUAACCGUCCAAUUCUAACUAACGAAUUACCUAACGAGGAAGAUCGUGACUUCGUCAGCACUAAAGAAUCUUAUUUAGAUUAUAUGCGUCAUCUUAUUUUCUAUUGGUCUUAUUGGGUCAGUUUAGCUGUUGUUCUUGUCACUGGAGUUGUGUGGAUUACACUAUUCUGUUUAGGUUAUAUGAUCUUAAGUUUUAUCUAUUUAUGGAUGGGACUGAAUGUUUUGCUAAGAGAACGACCUAAUCUAAUCAACUCAUGGAAUGUGAUUAUUGGAUAUAAUUUUUGUGUUAUUUUGGCCAAAUGUAGUCUUCAACUUAUGGGUUGUGUCUAUCGUUCACGAAUGUCUAAUCAAUGUUGGCUUAUACAGUUGUUCGGUGUUCAAUGUAUGAAUCCAUUAUCAUGGAAUCAUUUCAAUCUACCUCCUGGACAUGAAACAUCGUGUGCUACUGUUUCAAGUGGUUUGCAUUGGGAUAUUGUAUGCUUUAUAUUUAUUUUAUUUCAACGAAAAGUAUUCACAUCACAUAGUUUUAGUCAUGUAUUACUUGAUUUACAAGUUCAAAGUCGAUUUGCAUCUCGUGGUGCUUACCUAAUAAACCGUAAAUUAAUGUUAGCUAUUCAUGAACAAGCUAUGGAAGAACAAUAUAAUUUAGCAAAAGUACAACAGAAACUCAAUCUUAUUCAACAACGUCAAGAAGCAUUUGGACGUAGUAAUGCUAACAUUACUGAACAUUAUAUAAUGCUUCGGUCUGGUGAUUACUAUCUGUUUGAAGGUGAUCCAGAAGAAGAUGAUGAUUUUGUCAACCGUCAGACACAUAUACCUGGAAAUGAUAGUGAUCACUCGGAUAAAGAUAAUUCUAGUCCACCACCACCGGCGUUACGUUUACGCGAGAAUAAACAUAAUUUAAAAUUACAAAAAACAGCUAUCAGUGAAGAAAUUGACAAACAAGCCACUAUUUCAAAUAAUCAUACUAAAUCUCAAGUUACUUUAGUUCCAAAUGGAAAGAAUUACUUACGAGAUAUUUGGCCAAGUGUAGAUCCAAAUAUUUUAAAUAUUCUGUCUAAUUAUAAUGAUCCUUAUAGUACUAUCAGUUUUAGAGAUGAACACCGUCGCGUUCGCCCAACAUCUCAUAGUAGAAAUGCUCUUGAUUCAGACCGCUAUUAUGAACAUCUUAAGCAUAUUGAAAUGCAUCAAGAUCGUCCUCACUCUGGAUUUGUCCUAGGACAUCGUCGUAUGCGAUCUCAUCCUGAAUUUUUACGUCAACAUUUUGGUGGAAACGAAAAAUAUUCCGUUGUAUCUAUAGAAUCAGAUGAACCUAAGGUUUCAGAUGGUAAAAAUCUAGCUUCACGUCCUAGUCAAACAUCAUUUGACAGAUUCGCUCAUCGGUCCACUGAUCGCCGAGAUCAGAAUCCAAUCACUUUACACCAUCGUCCUUAUGAAACUCAUAGACGAUUAUUUUCAGCAUCUGGAGCUAUAUUCCCCACUAAAGAUCGUCCUAGUAGUCCUGAAAAGAACACAGUUGUCAAAAAUACGGUCCGAAGCCAUAGGAGAACAACGAAAUCGUCAUUAUCUAAACCAAGUCCUCCUAAGGCCUAUGAAACUUCUCAUGUUGAGUACCCUGUUAUUGCAAAUAAGAUAACAGAGGGAAAUAGUAACAGAGAGGGUAACUCUGAAAACGUUUCUACAGUAAAAGAUAGCAGUGAAUGUAAAAUUAUCGAGUCUCGUUUUGCUGAAAAUCAUUCUCAUAACAUAAUCACUAAAGCCCUAAAGUCUGGGUCUCAACAUACUAACGAUCGAAAAAAUUUCAGUUAUUCAUAUUUCGAUGAUGGUCAAGAAGCGGAUAAAGAUAGUGAUGAAGAUGAUGAUGCUAAUCCUCCAUCAACUGCGAAUUCUCGAUUAAAUCCCAUCCAACUAUUGAAUAGAGCCAUGGAACUUGGUGCUCUUUCAACUGUGAAACAGUAUCGACGCAAUUUAUAUGCCCAUUCUCAUGAUGGUGCACGUCAACGGGAACAGGCUGAUAAUAUUCCAUGUAAUGUAUCUACUGGAAGUCAAGACGGUCCAUCGGCCGAUCAAACGAUGCAACCUUCAUCCAAUAGACAUCAGGUCAGUACAGAUUCAUUUCACAAUCAUUCACUUAAAAAUACAAAUUAUCCUAAUCAAACUAAAGAACGUAAACGAAACAAUCGUUUCUCAUCGAAAUUUGGCAUAAGGAAACUUAGUGUACCUGAUAUUCAUUCUGGUUCAAGACAACAACCGGAAGUUCAUUUUUCCGAUAGAUUAUGUAAAAAAUACUAUUCUCCAUUGACGGACAGAAAUGUAAACGUUAGUGAAUAUUGUUAUUUUGAUCCUGAUAAUAAUUAUUUUGAACAACCUUUAAAAAAUAAAGCCAAUUUAUAUUCUGUUCAUCCGUUGGAUUCAUCAUUCACUGGAAAUAAUGAUGUAGUCGACGCUAAUAUCAUAAACAAGGAACGAAAUAAAUGUCUCUUAAAGGGUAAACCGGAAUUUAAUAAUAUGAUAGAUGUUAAUGCUGGAAAAAAAUCCCAUUUUAAUCCAUCAACUUCAAAGCAAACAGAAGAUACCAAACUAAACACUAUUCUUUUGAAUCAAUUAAAUAAUCAUACUCCAUCGUAUGUUAUUAUGGAUAAACAAAAUGCUCAUGAUAAUCAGAUAACUGUAUUUGAAAAGCCAAUUAAAACUACCCACUCAUCAUCUCGACCAUUUGAUGAUAAUAAUGGGUCAUCUGAUAUAAAUGAUAAUGAUAAAUUACGCAAAGAUUCUGUCCAUCAACAUACCGAGGGCUGUUGGAGCAAGUUUAAAGCUUCUUGCUUAAUAGCAUAUAUGUUUUUCUUGAGUUCUGUGGAUAGUUUAAUAAGAUUUUUGAAUGGUCUAACUCGUCAAUAUCGUCGUAUUCGCAGAACUAUUGACCAAGAAAAACGUUUAGUUAAACGUCGAGUUAUUUCAUAUCUUCCAUCCACAAAUGAACAAUUAAGAAAUAAAUUGAAAUCAUCGUCUUCAAAUAAUAAUAAUUUUAUAAUGCCAUUAAAUAUCUAUUUACAAAGGUUUACCAAUAAAACAGAUCAGAUUUCAUAUUUAUCUUUUCCAUUACAAACUACAUCACUCAUCUAUUAUUCUAUUAUUCCAACAAAACAAUGGAGAUAUAAUAAACUAAAUAAGUUAAUGGAUUAUAUUUCUUCAUGUUUUAAAUUUCUUAAAGAUCCGUAGGUUUCAUUAUUCAUUUCAUAUUGUUCCAA